AUGUUACGAUUGGACUUUAAUAGCAGAAGGCACACUUCGCCAUCAAACAUAUUCACAUAUAAUACUCAGUCAACAUGCACAUUUUCUAAUAACACUCAGACAUCACACAUGUCAACACAGACUGAAUUUGUUACUAUAAUGAUGGAUAACGACAUUGAUACGGUAUUAGACCAUAACCUAGGAACGAACACUCAAAUAGAAGAAAUCUGUGACAAAUUCAGGACAGCACUAACACAAUAUUCAGGAAUGGACCCACGAGUCCGACCAAAAUUAUCUAAACUUAGAUACAGUUCUCACCUAUUUCAGCUAGUUAAUAUGUUUAAUCAAGAUAUUCUGUUCCAAUUUAUUUCCGACGACACAAAACUAACCGACAUACAUACAAUAGUGUAUUGCGUAGCCUUAGUUAUCUCCGAAGAACUUAACUAUAAGGUCACAGAAAAUAUUAGAAGCACAAGGCCCAAAGACUGUAAUAAACCACCAUGGCAAAUAAGAUUAGAAAAGGACAUAGAAAAACUCAGAGCAGACUGUGGGCGAGUCACACAGUACAUAAAUAACAAUAGAUCCCGUAAAAUCAUUAAGCAUGUCAAAAGAAUAUUUGAAACAAGAAACACACACACUAAACACGAAAAUAGGAAUACAAAACCGGAAGAGUUCUUAGACACUUUAAAACAAAAGUUAGCACUAAAAGUUCAUAGACUUAAAAGAUACAAAAAGGCACAGCAAAGGAAAAACGAUAACACAAUGUUUAGCACAAAUGAAAAAACUUUCUACAGAAACUUACACAAACCAAAAAUAGACACAGAUACAGUAAACAGUCCUAUUAUGCCCACACAAAUACAACUGGAAACUUUUUGGUCAGGCAUCUGGGAACAAGAAGUACAUCACAAUGAUAAAGCCGAUUGGAUAACCGAAGAAGAAAAUAAAUGGAAUUCAAUUGAAGAAAUGGAAUUCACAGAAAUAACUGAGACAGAAAUAAAUAACAUUACAGCUAGAUUGCAUAACUGGAAAUCACCAGGAAUAGAUAAAAUUCAUAACUUUUGGUUCAAAAAAUUAUUUUCUUUACAUAAGAUCAUUGCUAAAAAUUUUACAGAUAUCAUUAUUGGUAAACAAAAAAUUCCAGAUUUCAUUGCCACUGGAAUAACCUAUAUGCUGCCUAAAUCACAGAUUUCUCCACAACCUUCACAAUACCGACCUAUUACAUGCCUACCAACUAUAUACAAAAUCUUAACAUCAGCAAUAACAACAAAAAUCAAUAAACAUGUUGAACAAUAUAAUAUAAUAGCGGAAGAACAAAAAGGAUGCAGGCGAGGCCACAUGGGAUGUAAGGAACAGCUAAUAAUUGAUUCUACUAUUCACAAACAUGCGACUUCAAAAAAUAGAAACCUACAUUGCACAUAUAUAGAUUAUAAAAAAGCUUUUGACAGUAUCCCACAUUCUUGGCUAAUUAAAAUAUUACAAAUAUACAAAAUAAACCCUAAAAUAAUAAACUUUUUACGUGAUAUUAUGUCCAGAUGGAAAACCACACUUUACCUGACCGCGAAUCGAACUAACAUCACAACUAGAGAAAUAAUCAUUAGAAAGGGGAUCUAUCAAGGCGAUUCCUUGAGUCCUCUGUGGUUUUGCCUAGCCUUAAACCCCCUGUCAUAUUUGCUGCGUGGUUGUCGGGCCGGAUAUUGCCUCAAAUACGAUAAACAAGAUACAAUAGUCUCUCAUCUCAUAUAUAUGGAUGAUAUUAAGUUAUAUGGAAAAACAGAAAUGGAAAUGCAAAAAUUAAUAGAUACUACAGCACAAUUUAGCAAAGAUAUUAAUAUGGAAUUUGGUUUGGAUAAAUGUAGAACACUUCACAUAAAACGAGGCAAGAUACGGCCAGGCCAUUAUGUAGUUAAUGAUACCGAUAUAAUUACAGCCAUGGAACCCACCGAUUUGUAUAAAUACUUAGGAUAUAAACAACUGAAAGGAUUAGAUCACACAGAAAUCAAAAACAUUUUAACAAUAGAAUUUAAAAAACGAGUUAAUGCUCUUUGUAAAACUAAACUAACAGGCAAACAUCUCAUUAAGUCUAUAAAUACAUACGCUAUCCCAAUUCUUACAUACUCAUUUGGUAUAAUAAAAUGGACAAAAACAGACAUAGAACAAAUAGAGCGCACGAUACGCACCACACUCACUAAACACAAUAAUCUACACCCAAAAUCUGCAAUAGAAAGACUUACUAUCAAAAGAGAAUAUGGAGGAAGGGGCCUUAUUGAUUUGAAUCAUCUCUGUCAAAAACAAGUCGGCAAUUUAAAAGCUUUUUUUCUCUUAAAAUCACAGACUAGCGAAAUACAUAAAGCCAUAGUUCAAAAUGAUUUUAACUAUACUCCACUAAACUUACACGAAGACAUAAGCUCUCUAAAUACCGAAAGUAACGAUCUUCAAACACAAAAACUAGAUAGCUGGAAACGAAAAGUAUUACACGGCCGACAUCCUCACGAUCUAGAACAACCCCACAUAAACACCGCAGCCUCAAACAAAUGGCUUAAAAUAGGAAACCUAUUUCCAGAGACCGAAGGAUUUAUAAUAGCGAUACAGGAUCAAAUAGUCAACACUAAAAACUACAGAAAAUUCAUAAUCAAAGACUCCUCAAUACCAAACGAUAAAUGCCGCAAAUGCCACGUUCAACCAGAGACCAUCCAACACAUUACCGGGGCAUGUACAACACUUACACAAACAGAUUACACACAUAGACAUAACCAAAUUCUGGCCGAACGCUAUCAGCAACGAAGAUCUUUGGAAUCGAUGCCACUAAAUCCCGAUCAAGCAAGAAAUUGCUCAGCGGAAGUGGAAGUGGAUAGGACACACCCUCCGAAGACCAGAGGACAGCGCCGUCAGGUUCGCGUUCACGUGGAGGCCGCGUGGGAGCAGGAGACGGGGCCGGCCGGUGCACACGUGGCAGCGGACUAUCGACGCCGAGCUGCGAGCGGCCGGGCUUAG